ACUUCGAGCGAAGUCCUUGUUGAUUUUUUCCUCGGUAGUAAUGACGAUUUGAUAGCUCAGCACGGUGGAAAAUAUCAUUUGCUUAUCCUUAGUAAUCUUAGCGUUUUGGAGUUUUCGUUGGGGUACUACUGUAUCUAUGUUCAGAAGCGCUUCGCUUUUGCCGAAAUGUGCAAGCAAGUGACCGAUUCUCUAAUGGAAGACAAUAUUCGUGGUCUGGAUGUGGAAAUUCUCAAUAAGGUCUCGGAUGGAACGGAGGACAGGUUGAAAGUGAGACUGACCUAUAAAGAAUUGUGCAUUCCGGAUUGUUUUGUGCAGGCAAAUUUGAUCACUUUGAAGUAG